AUGUUGCAACAUUCAUUGCGAGACUCUGCGCGAUCGCUCGCGGGCGGUCGUCGCAGUGCCACCGAAACGGGCCUGGACAUCGUUAGUAUGGAACCAGCCUUAUUCAUCCCACCGUGCGCAAACAAACCCGUGGUUUUCCGAGGGAGCUGCAUUUUGAACGUGCACGAGAAAUUGCCCGUGAAGAGGUUGACAGUGAACCUCCGCGGUACCUCCAAUGUGAAAUGGUCCUACAGCCGCCAUGAAAUGAGGACCUUUACAGACUGCAAAAUGGUGGUCCUAGGCCCUGAGAGCUCGGAGCAAGCAAGCAAAAUGCAGAAGGCUGCAUUCGUGGAAUCGCCCGACUGCGACCGCGCAAGUUGCCAUGCAAGCCAAGAGAACGGCCGACUGUGGGACUCACUCCAGAAGCGACUACAGUCAAAGGGCACCAGCAAAAAGAGCGGCUCGAAAUACGAACUACUGUCGCCCGGUGUUUAUGAAUACGGCUUCGAGAUGGUUUUGCCGCCCGAUCUUCCGGAAUCCAUCUGCGUGCGCGGCAGCAAUGUUCAGUACAACGUGGAGGCAUGCCUCGAGCUUCCGGGGCGCUUCAGUCACCCCAUCACGCAAAACAUGCCGAUCGCGGCCGUUCACUGCCCGGAAGACGAUUUCUUGGAGGAUGCCGAACCGGUCUACAUUUCCCGCAACUGGAAACAUCUACUUCAUUGCGAGGUCACCUUGUCGAGGAGAGGCGCUGCGCUCGGCGAUCAAUUGCCUGUUGCUGUAUCUCUCGAACAGCUGGGCAAUGCGAAGCUUCACGGAUUGAAGAUUUACCUUUCGGAGAACACACAGUAUCUCCAGCGGAAUGGGUUGGAAUCCUGUUUGGGUCCCUUCAAGAGGGUGCUCCUGCACGAGGCGGUAGGCGACUCUCUAUCCCUGAGGUCGUCGUCUCAGGCCGAUACUCAGGACGACUCUACCGAAUCAAACGAUGAGAGCACACCCAUGGAGGAUGAUUUGGGUGCGGAUGCGACCGAGAAACCCGGCGUCGCCGACGAGGCAAAACUGGAAAUCAACUUGUCGUUGCCCAAGGCCAUCGCAUUGACGAAGCCCGAAUCCGAUGGGAAGCUCAACAUGCACUUUGACACCAAGUAUCAAAAUGUCCAAGUUAGCCACUGGCUCGAGUUCGAAUUUACUAUGUCUCGACAUGGGUCGUCCGGUCCGAGCGAGGUCGUGAAGAUGACACGGGCUCCGUUCGUCCUUCGAUCGUGUUACGCCCAGCCGGCCAAUGCGUCACCCCCCGCCUACGAUUCUGAGUCCGAGAGCGCCCCGAGUUACGAGGACGCCGUGUAA